GCUUGUUUCUAUACUGCGUCUGCGCGUAGGUUCUUGAGUGUUUUAUUGAGCGACUACACGCGAGUAAUGUAAACCCAAACAAGUUUAUUUAUUCUGUAUAUAACGUUUUAACGUAUUCACUUAAAUCAAGUAAUUACGUUGUUAGCUAUAUUACUUUAAUAAGUUGCUUUCUAAAAAAUUACGAGAUACCUCUAUAUUGAAGGGAAGCUUCUAGCGAAGAAGACGCCUUCCAAUUUGACAAUGAAUCAGUUUGAUCAUUUGAAGGACGAUGACAGCGGAGAUCAUGAGGACCCAGUCAUGAACCGAGAGGAGAAGAGUGAUACAGACAACAGCUCAGUGAACAACAAUAACAACAACGGGCGGCGAAAGACUGUUUCCCCAGGGGUGGGGGAGCAUCCGCUGCAGUACAACUACACUUUCUGGUACUCGCGGCGCACACCCAGUCGACCAGCCAACACCCAGAGCUACGAGCAGAACAUUCGGCAAAUCGGAACCGUGGCAUCGGUGGAACAGUUCUGGAAGUUUUACAGUCAUCUGGUCCGGCCUGGAGACCUGACAGGGCAUAGUGAUUUUCAUCUCUUCAAGGAGGGCAUCAAGCCCAUGUGGGAGGAUGAGGCUAACAAGAAUGGUGGGAAGUGGAUCAUUCGGUUGCGGAAGGGGCUGGCCUCACGCUUCUGGGAGAACAUAAUCCUGGCCAUGCUGGGGGAGCAGUUCAUGGUUGGGGAGGAGAUCUGCGGAGUUGUGGUGUCCAUCCGUUUCCAGGAGGAUAUCCUGUCUAUCUGGAACAAGACAGCCAAUGACCAAGUGACCACCUCCCGCAUCCGAGACACACUGCGCCGGGUCCUCAACCUGCCCCCCAACACCAUCAUGGAAUACAAGACUCACAACGACAGCCUCAAGGACAACUCCAGUUUCCGCAAUACGAAGAUCACAUUGUGAAAACCACUUUGUGAAGGGAGAAUUGAUAAAUAAAUGGGUGAUAAAUAAUGGAUGGAUGCAUGAAUGCAGCUCUACAUUUCACCCCUGCAUUGAUGGACUUCGGCAUCUUUAAAAUAAGCAAAUCAAAGACCAAAACAAAUGAGACAAUGGAUGAGUGAAUGUAAAGGAAAAAACCAUUGGCUGGUAAAGCUUUUACCAAGGGACCACAUUGAGGGACUGCGAUUCCAGCAAUAUGCAAUACAGCAGCACAAACCUUUGGAGGAUCCACAAAGAAUGUUUGGUUCCUUUUUGUCUAUUGUACCGUCUUAUGUGUGUGCCUCUGUAUGCUAAAGGUAAAAUGUUAUUGUUGAAGCUGUUACGGUUUAUUUCCAAGUUUAUUAUUUGUUUUUUUACAGGGUCGUAUAUCUCUUUGAGGCAUAAAUCGUCCAUUUCCUGCAGUGUUUGUCUGGCAUGGAUUUAACCUGGGUUAACCUUGUUAAAAAGUAAAUAAUUUGAUAAACACAGAUAUGUUUUUCUUUCAGCAUUGUGUCUGAGAAUGCCAUUGAGUAUGCCAGUUUUCAUUUUUUCCAGUGGAUGAUGUUUACUUUGAGUGAGGUGCUGUAGGAAGCAGUGGGAUUUCGUUAAAAAAAUUAGUGGCCUUUUCUGUAUUUCCCUCAUAAUUCUGUCCAAUAUUCAAAAUAAUCUAGACCCUUCUGCUAUUUGUCAAGUCAGUUGGUCUAGCUGUACACAUUGCUUUUAAAGACAUGUGCCAAUACUUUGCAUCAACUGUGUGUGUGUGUGUGUGUGUGUUUGCAUGUGUGCCUGCUUGCACAGUGAAACUGUCAAAAUGAGUACUCCUAAUGAAAUAAAAUAUUACCGUUGUAUGUGUACAUUUUAUAUUCUAUAUAUAUAUAUAUAUGUGUGUAUAUAUAUAUAUGCAAUGUGUUCAUAAGUGUGUGUAUGUAUAUGUGUGUAUAUAUAUAUAUAUAUAUAUAUAUAUAUAUGUAUGUCUGUGUGUAUAUAUGUGUAUAUAAUUGAAUAUAUAUAUUAACUGAAUUCUUCUCUACCUAAGGUUUUUUUUUCUUUUUUAAAAGCGGAAAUGGAAAAAAAUACUUUCUUAAAUAUUCAAAUGUAUGGCCAGCAGCACUCAAUCAGGGAAGGAUUCAAUUUAUAGGACUAAAAGGUUAGUUAAGAGAAAGUGAAAGUAAAGUGGCUGAGAAAACUUUUACUUUUGCAUUGAGGGAGCGUAGCAGAAAGCUGUCAACUGUUCACUUGUUAGCAAGAGGCGAAAAUAAGCUAACAAUAGAUUACCUGGAUAACUGCUCAGCCACUUCUGGGAUUAUGAGUGAGCUUGUGGUACAGUGUCCCCGUUGCCAGCAGAGGAGUGGUAAGAAAAUUGAUGGUCACCGGUCAACGUGUCCCCUCUGCUCCACGACACUACGGCGUGUGUACCAGUUCUGCUGGGCCUGCAGGCGAGACUGGCCCCAGGGGGUGACUGGGGGCAGCUCCUGCACUCUUCCAGGGUGCGCAAUCCGAGCUGCUCUCCUCUCCAACGAGACCAUCACUGCCGAUCGGAGCUCUGUCUACGGAUGUCCCUUCUUUCGGGCCUGUCCGAGCUGCAAAGCCCUUCUGACUCACACUGGUCAGGGCUGUCGAAACAUUGUGUGCCCACAUUGCCGUACUGCAUUCUGCUACCGCUGCCUGAAGAGAACGCCAUGUGGUACCUGCACUAUGGUAGAUAACAGUGCAUCGCUUUAGCUUUAGGGCUCUAAGGGCUCAGAGUGGUAAGGAAAACUGAAGUCUGAAAAUAAUGCUAAGGGUUUGUUUUCAUUUGAAUGUCAUAUUCUGCUUUUAUGUUAGUAACUUUCUUAUGAUGUGCUUAUCUGUACAAUAUCAGACUCCAGCAUUGAACGUGCACCAUAAAAGCAAAUGUAAGUCUGUAAGUCAAAGAAAAAAUGAUACUGUUUUUAAAAAAAAAUUAACGCUCUGAUCCAACUACACCAGUGUAUCCAUAUAGUCCUGCUGUCUGUUUCCCAAUUAUCCCCAUUAAAAAGCCUGCUGAUUCAAAAAUA